CGUGGGAAAAUCUAUUUGGAUGUAAGAGAGAACGAUUGAAGCACUAGAUUCCCCCCAACCGAACUUUUAAUUUUAAAACGACCCCUUACCUUUCCACCAAUCACUUUCUCACCCCUCUCCCCUCUCCCCUCCUCCCCAAACGAAAGCCAUGUCAUGGCUGGCUCGCUCUAUCGCUACAUCCCUUAGACUCGACGAUGAAGACGACCAUUCUGAAAACGAUGUCGCAUCUAAAACUCCUAACAACUCCUCACCAGUAGAGCGUAAUGAAGAAGAAAGACGAAGAGAAAAUGGAAUCAACAACGAAGCGCAAGUGCAGGAAUCGGAGGUCGAAGAAGAAGAAGAAGAAGAAGAGCGUAGAGGCGUUAAGGAGGAUCUUACAGAAUUGAAGCAAACCCUAACGCGUCAACUUUGGGGUGUUGCCUCUUUUCUCGCUCCUCCACCGGAUCAGUCGGUCUCUAAUUUGGACCAAUCACAGCCCCCCGAUCGAUCCGCAUCAUCUUGUGAGGAAAGAGAGCCGUUUGAUUCGAGGAUCGGGCACGAUUUUUCCGAGAUCGGAGGAGGGUUUAGGAACAUGUCGAAAAUGGCGUCCAAUUAUUUUCCGUUUCGAUCGGAGGAAAAUGGGAGAGAAAAUCUUGGAGGAGAGAAUUUGGAGGAAUUGGAGACGGAGGAUUUUGGAGGUGAGGAUGAUGACGAUGACGAUUGGGAGCUAGAAGGAGCGGUAGGGAUUACCGAUGAGGUUUUGGCAUUUGCGAGGAAUAUCGCUAUGCAUCCAGAAACUUGGUUGGAUUUUCCUCUCGAUGAAGAAGAGGACUUAGAUGAUUUUGACUUGUCUGAUACUCAACGAGAGCAUGCUUUGGCUAUUGAACGAUUUGCUCCCAGACUAGCUGCUCUCAGAAUUGAACUUUGCCCUUGCCACAUGACUGAGAGUUACUUCUGGAAAGUUUACUUUGUUCUUCUGCAUUCUAGACUCCACAAGCAUGAUGCAGAAAUUUUGUCCACGCCUCAGGUAAUGGAAGCUAGAGCAAUGUGGAUGCAGGAGCUACAUAAGCAAACCAAGCCAGAUCCUGACUGGUUUGGAAGUGCCCGUGUAAAAGAUGGUGAUAAUGCUCUGCAUGAAGAUUUUGAGCGUGCCAGGACAUUUGAUUUUGCACAGACCUCUAUCACGACAACGGAUUAUGAGACUGUGAAGCACCCAAUUGUGAGUACGGAGAUGCACUUUGUUGAUAAGUCUGCUAUUGAAGAGAAAACAGUGAUAAAAACUGAGGAUAAGGAUGUGCAGCUGGUUGGUUCAUCUUUGAGAACAGUUGUUCCAAACUAUGAAGAGGACGAGGAUGACUGGCUAAAUGAGGAAGAUUCUGACUUGGGUGGUUACAAGACCAUAAUUCCUGUGGGGAAUGAAGAAGACUUCUCUUUCAGCGAUCUUGAAGAUGAUGCCAGCAGCAGCAUACCAGUAAAAUCUAAGAGAGUUUCAGAAGGUACUGAUACUAAAACAACAUGAAACUAUUUUCAUGCUUCAGCUUGGCGUAAGCUUUGCUGAUUGGGUUCUAGAUGAAACUGUGAAGUAAUCUGGUUGGUAUGAACACGAGGGCUGAGAACAUGGA